AUGUUGGUUUCCGGGGAGGUGGCCGAGCAGCGGCGACGUCCACUGUUCCGCCGGGCGAAACCAACGACCACCUCGGAACCGGCCAUCACCUCGGACGAUAGCGAGGGUUCGGAGACGAAGGGGCACCAGCGCAGCGAUCCAUUUUCGGUGAUCACCGGCGGCAACCAGCAAGCGGGUAGCCAGGCAGUAGCAUCCGGCAGUAGCUUCAAGGCGGAUGGAGACAAACUGACGUCCUUCUCCGAGUAUAGUUUUGGUAGCCACGGGAAGCUGCUGCCAUCUGGCGGAGGAAGCCUGGAGGAUGCGACGAGCCCGGACGACGAGGCGAGCGGUUACGCGGGCUUCAAGAACCACAAAACGGCGAGCCAGCUGCCGACGACCAACGCCAACAACAAGGGCAAACCGGCGGACCGCGGUGCGUUCGACUUUCUUGCCCGCGACUACGCGAAGGCGAAAGGAUCGUUCGGUGCCGGUGGCAUCCAGCACGAUACUGCCGCUGGCGGACUGCUCGGCACUAAGUCAUCGAAGACGUCAUCGUUAUCGUCGGUGAGCAGCAAGUUCUCGAUCUCGCACCCUUCACCGAUUGGUGCCGCCGGUAAGCUGGCCCACCUCGACGACUCGACCGAGUACGAUGUGUACGCCAGCCUUGGACAGUCGGCCACCGGCAAGACCAAACUCGGAGCGUCCACGUCGUCGUCGUCGUCGUCGUCGUCGUUGUCACCGACCCACUUCGACGGCAAGGUCAAGAAGGUACCGUUCAAGUACGAGGACGGUGGUUUUGGGGCCGCGUCGACCACCUCGCUCAAAGGGGGCCUCAAGACCAAGUCGAAGCUCGCCCUGGACGAUGACAACGACGGUGGAGUGUACGGAGGCAAGCAGCAGCAGCAGCAGCAGCCACUCCACAAUCAUCAGCAAAGUCUGCUCGCCACCAAGAGCAAGUUCAACUUUGCUGAACCGCCGGCGCUGGUCAAGUCAACGCUCAACACGCUGAAGCACUUUGGCGACGGAUUGCUAGGUAACGGUGGGAACGGUGCCCUGUUCCAUACGCCCAACCCGUACGAUCUGGACAGCGACGAGGGAGGCGGACUGGCGGCGGCGGUGGCGGCUGGUGGUAGUGUGCUACCGGCUUCCGGUCUUUCGGGCUUCCACGGUGGUGCUGGCAAAUUUGGCGCUUCGCACCACGGCUACUACCCGGGUGCCGGCGGCCAGCUAGCCGUGGAAGAGAGCUACGAAGCCGUGGCGUCCGGGGAGCUCGGAGGUGGAGGCAUCGGUAGCAAACCGUACCACCACCAGCAUCCAAAGUCGCCGCUGCCCUCUUCGCCGCUGUCCGGUGUUGGGAAGUUUGCGACCGAUUUCGACGUCAAGAACAUCAAGCUGACUGGGGAUGGAGGGGCGGUGUUCGGGGGUCACAGUACCACCAAGUACCAUCAGCACCAGCACCACCACCAAGGGGGUGGCAUCACUCCGGGAAAGAACACGCCACCACACCACACCACCAAACAACAACAGCAACAACACUUGGGCCACCUCGGUCAUUCAGGACAACAACAACAACUCCUCCUUCACCAACAGCAACAGCAGCAGCUGCAGCAGCUGCAUCAACAUCAACAACACGCUCCGCAUCACGCACACGCACCCACACAUGCAACCGGUGCCGGCAUUGCGGCCAAGGGACAGAUAGAGAGCUUCCUCAAUGCGGAGCAUGGACUGAAAGACUCCGACUCGUCACAGCAGCAGCAGCAGCAGUCGGGCGGUCGGCCACACUACCACACGCUGCAGAAGUCCAAGGAGGAGGAGCAGCUGGAGAAGGAGGCGCUCCGGCAGCAGAUCGAGUACCUGAAGGCACAGGCUGCCAAACGCCCGGUUGACCUGUCGCCCAGCAACCCGGCCCGGCCCGCCAUCGUCUCGAACGCGCAGAAGUUCCGACCGGUGCGCCGCAUACCGCCGCACGUGCGGCUCGGCGUCAAGGCACCCUACCCGCUGCCCCGCAUACCGCACUACAACGAUCGGCCGUACAGCAUCAGCUUCAAGAUCUAA